GCUGUAAAAUUCGGUUCGGUUUUGUUGUGUCUACUAAUGUGAAUUAUUUUUAAAAUGUCUCUUAAAAAAGGGCUAUACCUUACUAAAACUGUCUGUUGUACAACUAUAAAGCUUCAAAAUGCAAAUUAUUCUAGGCCAAAGUGUUGGUUAUAUACAGCGAAUUCUGUCAGAUAUUAUUCGGCCGAAAAUAUAGGCGAUAAAAAUAAACCUGAUAAAGGUCCUGAAAAAGUGGACAUAUUGGGACGAUUUUUCCCUCAAAAUCCCAUUACUUCUAAUGAUGCACAAGAAGUUAAGAAAGAACAAGAACAGUUUGAAAAAGAAAAUAAAAGGAAGACUGAAGAAAAUGAAAAAAGUUGGAAAAGAAUGAAAAUGGGUUUUGCAGUUUUUGGUGGAGCCCUAACAGUUAUGGGUGGGUGCCUGAUUGUGGAGAUGGGAGCACCGAGGCGUGGUGAUGAUGGCCAACCAAUAGUAGAUGAGUUCUCAGGCUUACCUAUUGUAUUGCAGUACCUGAAACGCACUUGGAAAGAACUUACAUUUUAUGAAAAGAUGAUCAAAGAGCCAUCACGGGAGAAAUUGCUGCCAGACCCAUUGCCUCCACCAUACCAACCAACAUACACUCUAGUGUUAGAAUUCACAGAUGUGCUUGUGCAUCCUGACUGGUCAUAUCAAACUGGCUGGAGAUUCAAAAAGAGGCCAGGUGUGGAUCAAUUUCUGCAGACCGUAGCCAACUCCAACUAUGAGGUGGUGAUCUUCACAUCCGAGAACGCAUUCAUGAUCUGGCCCGUGAUCGAUAAGCUCGAUCCAGAGAAUAAGCUUAUAUCAUAUCGCCUCUUCAGAGACUCCACACAUUUCAUAGAUGGAGUGCAUGUCAAAAAUCUCGAUGGAUUAAACAGAGACUUAUCUAAGGUAAUAGUAGUAGAUUGGAAUAAAGCAGCUACGAAGUUCCACCCAGAAAAUUCGUUAAUAUUGAAAAAGUGGAAGGGAGCAGACGACGACACAUCACUUCUAGACCUAGCCAAUCUACUACAAACGAUCGCCAUGUCCGAUGUUUCCGACGUGCGUGAGGUGGUGAUGUACUACAGUCAGUUCGAUGACCCUAUCGCCGCCUUCCGUGACAACCAGCGCCGCCUCUUAGAACAAAUGGAGGAGAAGGAGCGAGAGGGCACUACUAACACUGCACCGCUUACACGCAAUUGGCUGCGGACGUUUACGAGACGUUAAUAUACCCCUUUAUAACUAUGCAGCUGAACCUGAUCGCUAGUCAGGUUUCUGGUUUUGUAUUAAAACUGACAUGAGUGAAGCAAAUACUUGGAUAUUUACGAUAAGCUUGUUAGAUAGAUCUAAACUCGAUCAGCAAAGCUUGUAAGAUAAACGAGGCGAUGGAUAUAUAUUCACAAUUUAUGGUUUUUCAGAUUUUCAUAAUUAUGUAAAUUGUAAACUUACUAAUCUAGAGCACUAUCUAGUGUUUUAUUCUUGACUAAUUGCAACAAGACUUUUGAAAUGUAAAAUAAUUAUUAUACUGCUUUAUGUUGCAUUUUUAACUAUGGGAUGUAAAAGAAAUGGUAAAAUUAUCCCAUGUUUCACUAAACAUGUGAAUAUGGAUUCUACAGUGACCUUAGUU